CAGAGCAGUGACCAGCCUCACAGAUAACAGCCUCGUCUCACUCAGGACGGUUUCAGCCUCACAUAUAACAGCCUCGUCUCAUUCAGGACGGUCUCAGCCUCACAGAUAACAGCGUCGUCUCACCCAGGACGGUUUCAGCAGAUCUUUGGUGUGUAUAACCGGGACCAUGAUGAUCCCAAGUGUUAUUGCGCCUUCCGCGAUGUAUCCGGGCCUUUACCGGCCUGCAGCCGCGUUACCUUUCCACCCGUCCUUGCAGUCCGCCUUCCCCACUCAUUCAACCUUUCUCGUGGAGGAUCUUCUACGGAUAAGCAGGCCCUCGCCGUACUUCAACCGGACAGUCCUCUCCGCGAGCGUUUCCCCGGCGACAACCACGACCACAACGUCCUUCAGCACUAUGCCCGGGGAGCGCGUAACGUCCCCGUCAUCGGUAACGCGCGAAUCAUGCUCCCCGAAAACGUCAUUGCCAACCAGCAAAGACCCAACUUUUCUAAAGUUUGGAGUCAGCGCCAUUCUUGCACCGUCACCAAAGACCGCAUCACCUCCGCCCACAAUCUCCAGCCUGCAGAAGGCCUACCCUGUCCCCUACUUCGACGGGAUCUUCCAUCCUUUCCUCAGAUCAGCAUACUUUCCAGCGUCGUCAUCAGUGGUGCCCAUCCCCGGGACGUUCUCGUGGCCGCUGGCCGCCAGAGGAAAGCCGCGGAGAGGGAUGCUUCGGCGGGCAGUUUUCUCCGAUGUACAGCGCAAGGCUUUGGAGAAAAUGUUCCAGAAACAGAAAUACAUCAGCAAACCCGACAGAAAGAAGCUAGCUUCAAAACUCGGUCUCAAAGAUUCCCAGGUCAAAAUCUGGUUCCAAAACCGCAGGAUGAAGUGGAGGAACUCCAAGGAGCGGGAACUCCUGUCUUCCGGAGGCUGCCGCGAGCAGACCCUGCCCACGAAAACGAAUCCCCAUCCAGACCUCAGCGACGUUGGCAAAAAGUCUUCGGCAGAGGAGGACGACGAAGAGAACUCGGUAACCGGAGAGAGCAUCGGCGCUUUAGACCUCCUCCGCUCCCCGACGGCUGGGCUCGAGCUACUGAACCGCGCCGGGUCUCACAUCUCUUCGCCCUCCCUCUCCUGCAAGCUCUCCGACUACUCAGACUCUGACGAAGAGGAGAUCACAGUUUCUUAAUUUAUUUACAAACAUAAUUUAAAUAUAUUGACAAUGUUUUAUAUCAGAAAGUCUGUAAAGCACAUACCUGUAUAUGUCCCCAGGUUGACAAGAUAUCGUACCCCUAAAUUUAGAUAAAAUUUACUGAAAAGUUACCCCGUCAUCCCUCCCACACAACUAAUCAGUUAAUAAUCUGGUCAUCAAUUAAAAAUCUGGAAAAGUAUUUUUCACAACAUAGGGGACACUUCGAUAAAACUGCUGUUUUGCAGCUUUUCAACUGUACAGUAUUUUGUACAAUUUUGUAUGGGAUUAUAUGCCAAGAAUAUUGAUAAACUAUUACCUGGCCUUCUUAUAGAGUUGUUUAUUGAAUAUAGUAGCCAUUUUGUGCAUAAUUUAUAUGGAUAUGUUUAAUGUUUCAAUGUAUUAUGUACAUAUUGUGUUGACAUUUCGUUUUUUUGUACAAAUACCAAAUAAAUUCUCAAAAGAAUAAAUGCACA